AUGGAUGUUGUUUCGGCAGUCGCAAGCUUUAUUGCCAUCGGGCAAGCGCUUGCGGCAACGCCAAAGAUUAUUGACGCAUUGCAAUCUCUAUUUGGGGCAAGGCGGGAGAUAGUUCAGCUAUUGAACGAUGUGGAAGUUCUAAAAGCCUUUGGAGAUAUCCUACGUGAUACAAUCCAGUGCUUGCCGGAAGCCGAUGCAGAUGCGAGAUUAUCAGUACCAAAAGCGACCUACCCUUUGGUAAAAAGGAUCGAGAAAGACAUGAGCUUAGUUGUGUCGCAACUCGGGGAUCUUUGCCGCGCGUGUCAGCAAGAGGGAAAGAAACAAGAUCACAUCAAAGUUGCUAGGGUGAAAUGGCUCUGGUACCAAAGAAAGAUCGCAUCACUGAGUAGAAAGGUGAAAGAGAAUCGCGAGUGCUUACAACUGAUUCUCAGUUGUACUUCCCUCUAUGCCUCGACGUCACACGGGAAGAUGCUCUUAGAUAUACACGCAAUAGUAACGACCCAGCCGCAGCAAACACCUUUCGCCCUACCGCCUUCACAAUUCGCCACCCAGGAGUCUCAUGAUAGCGAAAGUAUAAAGUGCGCUAUUGCUGAUGACGAUACAUCCGAGUCGAUAGAGAAUACGAGGAAACAAUCCAGAAUCUUGAACCGUCAGUACAGAUUACCGCAGCGUUUCGAAGAGUAUGUCCUAAAGACUGCGCAUGCCAAUGCCACUCGUCUACUUCCCGAAUCCGAUCACGGCCUACCGACUGGGUCAUUUAUGGGUGGCUACAAUCUGUUUAUAACAGCGCUCCGCACCUCGGUGGGCAAAGUUGCGAUGCGGCUACCUGCCAACGGCGUCGCUCACCUAGUCGCUUCAGCUUCCGCAUUCCCCUCCUCUUCUGCUCUCGGACGCUCGAAGCGACAUUGUCCUUUAGCGGUAUUACUGGCGCUGGUGCUUCCCUUCACUUGCAUGUGCCACGCGAAAUCUCGUACAGCGGAAUGCUCUAUCACCAUUGUCACCAAAAUAAUGCAAGCAGCGGCACUGGCCAGGGGUAUUCUUAUCGAUGAUAAAAAUAAAAUCUAUAGAAACGAUAGAGGGAAAGCUAUCCUACGGGAUGUCAUCGCACUUGAUGACGAAAAUACGGAUGGUUUCUGGCCAGUUCACGAGGCAAUACGAACCGGCGGUGAUCUGAUCGCGGCUCUAAAGGAAUCACCAGAUGAUAUCGACGUACUGGAUGAUACUGGAAAUACCCCUCUCCAUUUGGCCGUGACAUACCACAACAAUGAAGCGAUGCAAUUUUUAAUAUCCUGCGGGGCAAAAUUAUCUUGCUCUGAUAUACGUGGCGAUCCACCGUUAUUACGCGCAGCGCAGCUUGGAUAUCAUGAUCAAGUACAACUCCUGAUUGAUGCCGGGUGGUGCGAUAUCGAAUCUCGUGAUAGGUAUGGCAGAACGCCUCUCUUUUGUGCGGCAGAAUCCUCGCGACGAGGAUCUGGCAAGGUUGCACGUCUGCUAUUACAUUACGGUGCAUGCCCGUUUGAUCGUGACGUAAACGUACUACUGUACCUUACUUACUUUCCUCAUGCGGCUGACAUAGAGGAGAAGUUUCAACUAUUUUUCCAUGCCGGCGUGGACAUGGAGGAGAAGGACGGUUUUAACAACAAAUGUCUAAUGUUGGCAUUAAUGUGCAGAAAUGGACAUUUGCUUCGCUUGUUGAUUGAUGCUGGGUGUAGUUUUGAUGAAGGCCCGAGGUCCCCGCGGGUCUUGGAACAAGCUGCGUGUUGUGGCUGUGUAGAAACUAUUGAUAUUCUAGAACAAACUUCAUACACGGUAGACGUGCGUGGUCAACACGAAGAUAGAUGGACGCCGUUAGAGACAUUUGAAUGGAGGAUGAACUGCGAUCCGUCGAAAGACCCAGUUUUCCCUCUCUCAGACGAUGAUAUCGACGCAUUUUACAAUUUACUUCGAGGUGUCAGAGAUCGCUAUCUAACCGCCGAAAUUCAGACUUUAGAAAAAGUCAUCAUGCAUAUCGAGACCGAGGAAAUUACGGCUGCGCGCGAGACUCUGAAAUCCGUCAUACAAGAAAAGAUUGGAUGGAAUAUUCCCGCUGAGUACAGGACAUUCCGGGCUAUCGAUGUCCAGAUAAGGGAGGGGAUGAUGGAAGCUGCCAUUGAAUCUCUGGAGGAAUUCAUCGAAGUAUCGAAAGAGAGGAUCGGUUCAGACCCCAGAGGCAAUGCCUAUUUCUACGAACCGACUUAUACAGAUGAGGGAAUAUUGAUCCAAGAUCAGGAUUAA